AUUGGAUUUUCGGCUCCGUUCUCAGCAGUUUAGCGAGUUGACAGGAGCGAAAUUCGCGGCGGCGGCACACCCCCGUCCGAAUUAAUUUUUUCUCGGUAAUUUCGCGAAUUAUGUGAGUGGUCUGGUGUGUUGCGUGGCCGCAGUCGAUCGUCCGAAUCCUCACACCUGCACACCCGCCGACGGAGAAAAAGAAAAGCCAAAUAAUGCCGGUCGACGAGGAGGAGUCCAUCGUCGACGCCGUCCUCAAGGUCCAACUGGGCUCGAACGGUGGCGUCGAACCGGUGCCGGCGCCGCGGGUCAACGGCAACUCGAAGCUCGACGAAAGGGAUGAAGAAGACGAAGAGAAGAACGCCGAGAAUGAGAGGCAGCUGCAGCAGCAACAGACGGAUGGAAACACCGCUUUCCUCCGUGCAGCCCGAGCGGGCAAUCUGGACAAGGUGUUGGAAUACCUCAAAUCGAACAUCGACAUCAACACCUCCAACGCAAAUGGACUGAAUGCCCUCCACCUUGCCUCCAAGGACGGCCACGUACAUGUGGUGACUGAACUAUUGAGCCGAGGAGCCACCGUGGAUGCAGCCACCAAGAAGGGAAACACGGCCCUUCACAUCGCCUCCCUCGCCGGCCAGGAGGAGGUGGUGAAAAUUCUGGUGCACCACGGGGCCUCUGUCAAUGUUCAGAGCCAAAAUGGAUUCACCCCUUUGUACAUGGCAGCCCAGGAGAACCACGACAACGUCGUCAAAUUCCUACUUGCCAACAGUGCGAACCAGAGUCUCGCAACAGAGGAUGGAUUCACGCCGUUGGCAGUGGCAAUGCAGCAGGGCCAUGACAAGGUGGUGGCCGUCCUACUCGAAAACGACACCAGGGGCAAGGUGCGCCUGCCCGCCCUGCACAUUGCCGCCAAGAAGGACGACUGCAAGGCAGCCGCCCUUCUGCUGCAAAACGACCACAACCCUGACGUCACCUCCAAGAGCGGCUUCACGCCCCUCCACAUCGCCGCCCACUACGGCAACGAGAGCAUCGCCAAUCUGCUCCUCCAAAGGAACGCUGACGUCAACUACUCGGCCAAGCACAACAUCACGCCUCUGCACGUGGCGGCCAAGUGGGGCAAAACCAAUAUGGUGUCCCUGCUGAUCGAAAAGGGCGCCAACAUCGAAGCCAAAACCAGGGACGGACUGACGCCCCUGCACUGCGCAGCCAGGUCUGGACACGAACAAGUGGUUGAUAUGCUGCUUGAAAGAUCUGCGCCCAUUAGUGCCAAAACGAAGAAUGGAUUGGCGCCCCUGCACAUGGCCUCCCAAGGAGACCAUGUGGAUGCCGCCCGCAUCCUCCUUUAUCACAAAGCGCCCGUCGACGAGGUGACCGUCGACUACUUGACGGCGCUGCAUGUGGCCGCCCACUGCGGUCACGUCAGGGUGGCCAAACUGCUGCUGGACCGCAAGGCAGACCCCAACGCAAGGGCCCUCAACGGAUUCACACCCUUGCACAUUGCCUGCAAGAAGAAUCGCAUCAAGGUGGUCGAGCUGCUGCUGAAGCACGGCGCCUCCAUCGAAGCCACCACAGAGUCUGGCCUCACUCCACUGCACGUGGCCAGCUUCAUGGGCUGCAUGAACAUCGUCAUUUACCUGAUUCAGCAUGAAGCCAACCCUGAUGUGCCCACCGUCAGGGGUGAAACUCCCCUUCACCUGGCAGCCAGGGCCAACCAAACCGACAUUAUUAGAAUUCUCCUCCGCAACGGAGCUCAAGUUGACGCUCGAGCAAGGGAACAACAAACGCCCCUGCACAUCGCGUCGCGCCUGGGAAAUGUAGACAUUGUGAUGCUUUUGCUUCAGCACGGUGCUGCUGUCGACGCCACCACCAAGGACAUGUACACAGCGCUUCACAUUGCCGCCAAGGAGGGCCAGGAGGAGGUCGCAUCCGUCCUUUUGGAAAACGGCGCCUCCCUGACCUCCACCACCAAGAAGGGUUUCACGCCGCUGCACCUGGCAGCAAAGUACGGCAACAUGAAGGUCGCCAAGCUGCUGCUCCAACGAGACGCGCCGGUCGAUGCCCAGGGAAAGAACGGAGUGACGCCGCUGCACGUCGCCAGCCACUACGACCACCAGAACGUGGCGCUGCUGCUGCUGGACAAGGGCGCCUCCCCGCACGCCACCGCCAAGAACGGACACACGCCUCUGCACAUUGCCGCCCGCAAGAACCAGAUGGACAUCGCCACCACCCUGCUCGAGUACGGCGCCAAAGCCAACUCCGAGUCCAAGGCUGGCUUCACUCCCCUCCACCUGAGCUCGCAGGAAGGACACACGGACAUGUCCACCCUUCUCAUCGAGCACCAGGCUGAUCCCAACCACAAGUCAAAGAACGGCCUGGCUCCUCUACAUUUGUGCGCCCAGGAAGACCGAGUCAACGUGGCUGCAAUUCUGGCCAAGAACGAAGCCGAGGUGGACGCCAAGACCAAGGCGGGCUACACACCUUUGCACGUUGCCAGUCACUUUGGCCAGCUGAACAUGGUGCGAUUCCUGCUGCAGCACGGAGUCGACGUCAACAGCAGCACCUCGGCAGGCUACACGCCGCUGCACCAGGCCGCCCAACAGGGCCACACGCUCAUCAUCAACCUGCUGCUCGAGCACAAGGCAACUCCCAACGCAGUCACCAAUCAAGGGCAGACGGCUUUGUGCAUUGCCCAGAAAUUGGGCUACAUUAGUGUUGUAGAGACCCUGAAGGUGGUCACCGAAACGACCAUCACCACAACGACCACCACCAUUGUCGAGGAGAAGUACCGAGUUAUGGCUCCGGAGACAAUGCAAGAAACAUUCAUGUCCGACUCUGAGGACGAGGGCGGUGAUGAUGUUAUGGAGUCGACCGUGUACGGAAAACCGACUCACGCUCAGCACGUCUACCUGCCCUAUUACGAGGGGCAAAUGCUGCUCUCCUGUGAGGACACCGUGUUGGGCGACCAGCCUUACAGAUACCUUACUGUCGACGAGAUGAAGAGCCUCGGCGACGACUCGCUGCCCAUCGACGUCACCAGAGACGAGAGAGCCGACAACCGAGACUCCAUUGUCUCUUUCGCAGCUCCAGUGACCGUCCACGAUGACUCACUCAGCCCAACUCACAAGGAGCACUACUCGGCGGUCAACUACGCGCCGGACAAUGUGGACAUUGCCAAGCACCCUGUCAGCGUGGGGAAACUGCACUGGAAAACGUUCCUGGUGAGCUUCAUGGUGGACGCUCGCGGCGGCGCCAUGCGCGGCUGCAGACACUCAGGCGUCCGUGUGAUUGUGCCUCCCCGAAAGGCCGCCAUGCCCAUGAGGGUGACCUGCAGGUACCUCAAGAAGGACAAACUCACUCACCCUCCACCCCUGAUGGAGGGCGAGGCGCUGUCCAGCAGGAUCCUGGAACUUGGUCCCGUUGGCGCGAAAUUCCUUGGCCCUGUGAUCAUCGAGGUUCCACAUUUUGGAUCCUUGAGAGGCAAGGAAAGGGAGAUUGUCAUCUUGAGGUCAGACAAUGGCGAAACCUGGCGUGAGCACACCCUGGAGGCCAGUGAAGAGGCGAUCCAGGAGGUUUUGCAAGAGAGCUUUGAUGGAGAAGAUUUGACCCAGCUGGAGGACAUGAACACGAACCGAAUCACUCGCAUCCUGACCACCGAGUUCCCGCAGUACUUUGCGAUCGUUUCGCGGGUGCGCCAGGAGGUGCAUGCCAUCGGCCCUGAAGGUGGCAUGGUCUCCUCGAGCGUGGUGCCGCAGGUGCAGGCCGUCUUCCCGCAGGGCGCCCUCACCAAGAAGAUCAAAGUCGGCUUGCAGGCCCAGCCGAUUGCGGCCGAACUGGUGGCCAAGAUGCUGGGCAACCGCGUGGCCGUGUCGCCGAUCGUGACCGUGGAGCCGCGGCGCCGCAAGUUCCACAAACCCAUCACGCUGACCAUCCCGGUGCCCCAGGCGGCCAACAAGGGCAUGAUCAACCAGUACUCGGGCGAGGCGCCCACCCUCCGACUCCUCUGCAGCAUCACAGGUGGGACGACGCGGGCGCAGUGGGAGGACGUCACGGGCUCGACGCCGCUCACGUUUGUCAACGACUGCGUCUCCUUCACCACCACCGUGUCGGCCAGGUUCUGGCUCAUGGACUGCCGCAACAUCAGCGAGGCGACGCGAAUGGCCACCGAACUCUACAAGGAGGCCAUCCACGUCCCCUUCAUGGCAAAGUUUGUCGUGUUCGCAAAACGCGUGGACCUUCUCGAGGCCCGUCUGCGCAUUUUCUGCAUGACAGACGACAAAGAGGACAAGACUUUGGAGCACCAGGAGCACUUCAGCGAGAUGGCCAAGAGCCGCGACGUGGAGGUGCUCGAGGGCAAGACCCAGUGGGUCGAGUUCAACGGCAAUUUGGUGCCGGUGACCAAGUCCGGGGAGCAGCUGCAGCUCGGCUUCCACGCCUUCAAGGAGAACAGACUGCCGUUCACGGUGCGGGUCAAGGACCCGCACGCGGACACCGUCGGCCGCAUCCUCUUCAUGCGCGAGCCCAAAGUGCCCAAGGGCGAGCAGCAGCAGACGCCCAUCUGCGUGCUCAACAUCGUCCUGCCCGACAACUUUGCGCCCCACGAGGCUGACCUCAUCGAGAAAAAGUUCACCCUCACUAGAGAAACAUUCACCCACUCGGAAUCAAUCCACCGAGCAGACCUGCGUCUGUCGGACAUUUGCAACCUGCUGGGUCGAGAUUGGGUGCCGCUGGCCAACGAGCUGGGCGUCCAACAGUCCGAGAUCAGCCUGAUCCAGGCCGAGUACCCCGAAAGCGUUCCGCAGCAGGGCAUGGUGAUGUUGCGCCUGUGGAUGCAGAACAACAGCAACCGCGCCACUGGCAACACCCUUGAAAAGGCCCUCAACAAAAUUGGCAGACAAGACAUUGUGCAGCAGUGCAUGUUCAACGUGGAGCUUGUCACUGAUGAGAUGGAAAGGGCAGUUGCCAAAGUGCAGCUGGACCAGUCCGGAUUCGACAACCUCAAAGAAGAGCUCGGCCCCUCGAGAGACACUUCGAUGAGGAGAAAUGUCAGCCUGGACGCCUCGUACGACGAGCAGGACCUGAUGAGAGAUUCCGAGUCAGUAGAGGAGCUGAAUGCGUCCGAAACGAUAGUGACGGUCAAGGAAGACAAGCGGCCAAAAGAUGAUUUGAUCGAGAAAAUCGUGGAAAAACACGACGUUAACGAGACCAAGUACGUGGCCGAGGAGAAGGACUACGUCGAGGAGGCCGAGAGCCGCUCCCAACAGCAGGCCGACGACCACCUGCGCCAAGAGAUCUCGGACGAGUUUGUCCGAAUCGAUAAGUUGAAUCAGAGCGAAGAGGUUUCGCGAGUUUCAAAGACGCCACCCCCAAGCCCAGCAGAGUUCAAAGAAGAAACAGUUUCAUCGACUCCGAAGCUCGGCCAACAAGAUUUCCCUGAACGGGAAACCCGAGUGGUUCGACAGGAGCACUCCGAGUACACCUCGCCGGACGGCACACAUACAGUCACGCACACCACCAUCACUACAUCCGUCACGCAAGGAGCUGAACCUUCUGCAUCAGAAGCUGCUCUGUUUGCCGAGACCGAGACGUGGCGCUCGGAGACGCUGACCGACGUGACCACCCCAGCACAAGAUGCUGGAGUUGAAGGAAACAGUUCCGUACAAGAACAUAAAAGCAUACCCGGAGAAAAGAAGUCAAAGAGCGGCAUAGUAAACCCUACCCAAAUUUCCUACCAAGGGCAGAGAAUCGAGCUGCCAAAGUCAGUAAAGGCACAUGAUUCAGUUAAAACGAAGAGUACAGAAGAAGAAAUUCCCAGUUACGUAGACAGAAAACAAUUUUGGGAAAAUGUUACUGGCACGACGAAGUCACUAAUUGGUCCAAAACAAUAUCAAAAGGGAAAGCUUAUUAGUGAGGAAGAGAGCAAAAAGGAAAUGGAGAUAAGGAAAGAAGCUGAAGAAAGCUGUGUAAAAACAAGACAAAAGACCCAAAGAAUUGAAAAGGACAUUAUGAAAGAAUUUUCUGAUGAUUUUCUUCGCCAGCAAGAAGAGAGUUCACCCGAGCACAAAAUUCUAGGAACAAAGCAGAAGUUUAAUGGAAAACUAACAGAAGAGUCAAUUGUAUCAAGACAAAUUCACACUGAAAUUUUUACUACAGAAAUUUCAGAAAACAUUGAAAGCCUUAUACCAGAGGACAAACCAAUUUCCCCUUUACAAGCCAUUGAGGACGUCAACGAACCGAUGCCAGAUCCAGCAUUUGCUACUGUCAAAGAAAAAAUUGGAGAAUUCGAAAAGAAGCUCUCUCCAGACUCGAAGCCACUUUUCCCUGCAGAACAAGAAUACCAGCCACCAAUAAAGCAGUCUAGUGAACAUCAAGCCAAAAUUUGUGCGGAAAGCCUUAUUUCAGAUAUAGAGGAUACAAUCAAGAAAAGCCCUAUCGUCAACAUCAGCACUGACGAAAUAUUUAGGAGCUUUCAAACUAAUCAAGAAAUUGAAGAUAAACAGAUAACAUCUGCUUCAAAAAACAUCGUGACUGAGGCAGAUGGCAACCUAGAUAAAAAAUUGGAAACUUUUAAAAAAUCAGAGAAAAUUGACCACGUUCAUGAAAUUCAACACACUGACUCCAGUUCAAAGGUCAAAUCUGCUACACACAAGCUUGAAACAGAUAUUUUGAGUAAAGCAUCCACAGGCAUGGCGAUAUAUCAAGAAGCUGUGGUUCAAUCUACAAAAAAAAGUGACGAAAUUGAAACGCAGGUCUUGGAGCAAUCAAAAACUAGUGAGAAAUCACAAAUACAUUUUAAUAUCGAUGGAGAGCAUACGUUGAUGAAGGAUGAUGCAACAAUAAGUGAAGUUGCCACCAAAGCAACAGCCAGCAUUCCUGCUCAGUUUACAACAGAAAUCAGUACAAGCACAUCCCCAGACGAAAGUGUAGCAAUUAAAAGAAGAGAUAACGAAUUGAACAAGAUUGAUAACGAUAAAGCAGAGCAUGUCAGAGCAGAAAAACAAGAUGCAAUCCAUGAGCAUGUAAAAGAUAUAAGCGAGAGAGUAAAAAGUGGAAGCUCAUUGACUAAAUUGGAGUUUUCAUCUGAAUCAGAAUGUAUGAUGAGAAUAACGGAAAAAGCUACUCAAAGCAGUAAAGAUAAAAAAGAAGACAUGAAAAUGUCAGUUGCCAAAACUGAGUCUGGUAAAAGGGAUGAAUUAUCCACUCUCUCUGAAACACUGACGCUGGCUAUGGAUUCAGAUGUGUCAUUAAAUAGAUUAAAUCAAUUGAGCAAAGAAGAGGUCAAAGAAAUAAAAAAAUCCGAAAUGGUUUCGUAUGAAACAACUAUAGAAACUUCUGGAACUUCAAAAUUGAUGUCGGAGGAAGAUACAUCACAAAAACUAGUGCAGCAAAGAAAUGAAAUGGCAGUAUUUGGAAAAGAAAUUUUUGAAUCUGAAACGGUAUCGUUCAAAAGUGAAAUACUGACGAAAGUUUCUGAAAAAUCCAAUUUUGACCAAACGGAUCAAACAUCUCAAAUUAGCAAUACACAAGAGGAUAAGGAGCUAGUGAGGGAAGUGAUUUCCAAAGACGUUCAGCAUGCAUAUAAAGAGGAAAAGUCCGUCAGAGCCGAGGAGGCCAACAAAGGCCAAAUUAUCAUCGAUAAAGUAACCAAAGAUUCAGUAAUGGAAAGGGAUACAGACAUGGAAGUAUUAGAACGUAUUGUUCAAUCACCCUUGCAAUCUGAAAUACCGCUGACCGUUACAAGUGCUUUUAAAAUAACUGAAAAAUCGUCUUCGCACGAGGUUACGAUUCCAAAAGCAAAAACUGCUGAGAUUGAGGUAGAAAAGGCCAUUGCAGAGGUUAGAGAAUCACUCGGUGCUGCUCAAGAGAGUCUGAUUGAAAGUCAGUUUAAAUCAUCUACCGAGGAAAAGAAAAGGUCGCCAUCAGAGUUUGAAUUCAAAGUGUGCCAAUUCGAGAAAAAUGAAAUCGCAGAAAGUAAAUCAUCUGAUGAUGAAAAAAACAUCUUUAGUGGACAGGAGGAAACGAGCUCCACUCAAGAGAAUAAGAAACCCGACCGUUCUUCAAGCUCUGGAGAAAGCUUCAAACACGAUGAAAAUUUCAAAAGUAGGCCUUGCUCAUCUGAUGUUGAAGGCCUAAUUGUGGGUGCCGCUACUUCUUCCGAAUAUGAAUCUGCCCUCACAUCACAGGAUACCUCACAGAGAUCUGCUACGUCUCAGGAAUACAUAACCGCUGUCAGUUCGAUCAGCAGUAAUAAAUCAUAUAGUUCUGAAAGUUCUGGGCAGCAAAUUGAAGUUCACAGUGAUGCAUCAGAAACUCUAGUUCCAUCUGCCAUGGAGUUGGAAACUGAUUUGGAAGACAAUUUGCCUAAUGAAGAUUUAGAUCUUGGGCACGACAAUGAUUUACAGCGCCCUCUUGGGUCUGCAUACCAAGUUCUUCAUGAAACAAAAUCAUCAGAGUCUGAUGACUCGUACAUUGAAGAUUUUAAAGAUUCACCCGUUAAAGAAAAAAGAGCGUCCGACCAGUCAAGAAUGAAACGAUCACUAGAAAUGACAUUCCACCCCGAGCCAAAAACGAUUCUCACGGAUAGUCCGGUAUCUGAGAUUACAACAACUGAAGAAAAAGAACGUCUUUUCUCAAGCAUAGAUGAUACUGUUAGCAUAAUAAGUACGAGUGUUUCCAGCGCCUCUGAAUUAGAUCAGAGGACAGUGAUGGAAAAUCUUGCAUCACAAACCAUUUCGCAGCAAUUUACUGACAUGGCCAGCAGCAUUGAGAGACUAGAUGAUUUAUCAUCCCUGAAUUCUUCUUACGGAAUAUCUCCGCCGAGGCAGGAAAACACAUUUGAAAACAAACAGCCACCACAAGAGUGCGAAAAGUAUACUGAAACUACAGCUGUGUCUUCGAGUGAGAAAGAUGUUUCUUGCUCUGUAACAAUAAUGUCAAGUUCGUCAGUUGAGAAAUGUGUGGCAACUCAAAUAACUUCAAUUCAAGAUCAUACAGGAUCAAAAAUCAAUGACCAACCAGAGUUCUUAAAGGAGGAGGAGAUUUUAGAUCAAAAAAUAAAUUUCCAAAAGGAGCAAAAAGAUGAUGAUGAGAAGGACAUUGACGAAGCAGAUGUUGAGCUUGAAAUUCCGGCAGAUGAAGAAGGAUACGAGCUGAGAGAAGAUGAAGUGCUUGAAGAGCACAAGAAUUUUUCGCAAACUCUUAUUGACGGUGUUAAAAAUAUAGUUGAAAGACCCAAAACUCCUGAGCCUGAUGCAGACAAGUUCCACGUGAAAGAGAAAAACUUUGAAGCAAGAAAAACCCCUCCCGAAGUGCCACACUUUCCUUCGCAAGGCAUUUCUUCCACAUGUUUACCACCAACAAUCCUCGAGGACGAUGACGCAGAGAAAAAGAUUGAGGCGAUGAAUAACGUCAAAAUAGUAGAAUUCACUGAAGUGGCUGAUAUUCCGGAUAUUACUGUAACACAGCACCAAACACCUGUAGCUAAAAAGAAAUUCGAAUAUCCAGAAUCAGCUUCAGAUGAAUCCGUUCUCUCCAGUAGCAAUAAAAAAGAAAUUAGGGUAGAGAAAAAUUUUACGGAGAAUCAAAGUACUACUGAGGCGUCAGACAUUUCCCCUGAUGAGGAGGCUGUUAUUUUGACGAAAGAUGAUAUAAUUUCUGACAUCUCGCUAGCAAAAGAGAGCAAGAACGACCAAGCCGAUAAAUCACCUGAAUCGGAUGGAACUGACUCGUUCGAAUUGUUGGAAAAAGCAGAAGGUGAAAAGGAACCAGAAAAGAAACAGUCAGACGAAGAAGAUGAAUUUCUUAUAAUUGAAGAGCUUGCUGAUGAGGCUGACGAAAGUGCUUGUAUUGCAUCUAUUCCCCAAGCCAUUCCACGAGAAUCAAAAAUCCCUAUACCUAGAAGGAAGUCAACAAAGCAAGACGAUGAUCUGCUUGUAUCUUCUCCACCACCAACAAGCACUCGAUUAACGGAAAUUAAAUUUUAUCCGGAUGACGAGAAAUGUGACAUGCCAUUCCAACUUGAAGGAACCAGUUUCCAACCUCAAAACGUAGAAACGUAUAAAAAGGACGUGGAAGAGGGUAAAAAAUGGAUAGAGCAACAGUUCAAGGGUGAAUAUGAAGACUUUGAGCAGCGAGGUAGGCUAGAAGACAUUGAGGAAAAGGAAGAGACUGAGCAAAGUCAUGCGAGCAGCAAAGUUGGAAGCAUGGGAAGUUACAAAGAUUCUUUCAGUAGUACACCAGAAUAUGACGUAUUGGCUGGAAAAAGAUAUUUCUCGAAGAGCAGCGAACAUGACGAUGUCUCUAUGGGAUCGUUGCAGGAAUUUGAAAAACUUGAGAGAGAGAUUGCUCUGCGGCAGUCUUCAGGUUCGCAAGACUCUAUCAAUGGGGGCAGCUUUCAGCGACGGUACUUGGGCAGUAGAACUGGCCAAGGGGAUGAUAUGUCAGUCUCAUCCUUAAAAGAGUUUGAGCGGCUAGAAAUAGCUUGCAUCCAAGCUGAAACAAUUGAAAUCAAGGCUAAAGAGGAAGAAGCAAUGCUUUCAGAAAUUGACGAAGGUCACGAAAGUCAAGUGUCCGAAUCUGAAAGUUGCGAAACAAUUUCUGAAGCUGGAAAAGAGUCUGAUUCAGAUGAUUAUGAAAACAGGAUGUUUGAAAUUGAUGAGAUUAUAAAGCAAGCUCAGUUUAACGUUGAGUCAUUUGAGUCUAAAAAGGGUGAAGCCCAUGGAAAGGGUACAAAGAAGGAACAAAUUCCAUCUGCGAAGCACGCCACAAUAUGCAAAGAAUAUGUUUUGCAGUACGAGUGUGAGAACCAGGAAGUGAAUCCAAUGACAAUGAGCACUGACAGCAUCGAGUCUCUGCAAGCCAAGGUGGAGCAAAAGAAGAUGUUAGUAUCUACUGAUUCUCUAGAACUGGACACACCCAAGAUUCCAAAAUCCCAAAGUGCAGAUUCCAUUGAAGAGGAAUUAAAAGGCGAAAAAUCCAAAAGCAGCAGCUCAGGUCGGAGAGAAGACAGCCAGGAGGCUGGGGUGAGUGAUUUGAUGCUCUGCAGCACUGACUCGCUGGAGCCGACCAGCUCGACGGCCACUCACGCUACGUACCAGUACGAAACGGACUCGGUGAUGUCAUCAUCUUUCACAAGCGGCGGCUCAGCCACAAUGGUGUCCAGCACGGAGAACGUCGACUUUGACGUCGGCCAACUAAGUGAAGAGCAGCUAACCGAGGCUUUUAAAGCUGGUGGAUUUGAAAAAGGAGAUGUGCCGGCUCAGUUUUUGCUCAAAAACAACGAAUCGUGGACCUACGUGACCGAAGUGAUCGAGGGCGACGGAGCCGGUCGCUCCCAGAUGAUCGAGAGCGUUCCAGAGCCCAUUGACCCUAGGCAAUACUCUGCUGAGGUCUCCCAUAUGACUUACAUUACCAGACACAUCUCCUCUCAAUCCUCGAAACCCUCGUCCUCUGAAACCUCAACCAUAACAACGAUUAGAACUGGACUAACUUCCGUUUCAGAAGGUGGAAAUCAGUCCGAAGGAGGCGUCACGGUUGAGGAAAUGCUUCGCGAUCCGACCAAACAAUCAGGGGUCGCAACCAAAGAGAACAAGUAGACAACUUUCAAGAACAGCCCACCAACGAAUCAAGAGAAAAUCAAUCUUCCUAAUACGACCAUUACCACCCCCCGAUUAGUCAGUCAGCCAAACACCGCUAAAAGCUAAAACACUGGAAUGAAAGCAACAACAUUUUUGGGAUCAAGUUUAGUAAUGCUAUACAAAAAUAAUAGCUCUGGAAUAAUAACGACGAGCGCUGAAAAACGCGUUUCUAUCAAAUGAAUCAAAUGUUUAUUGUACCAAGACGAAGAAAAUGAACUGUCACCACUUUUCUCCCUAAUGCGUCACACACACCGGAUACAAAUACUCCCCGUAAAAGAAAACAAAAAACGUGUCUAUGACAAAUUUUCGAUAAUGGAAAGAAAAAUCUUUGUGCAUUUUCAGCCAUUGCUAUAUCUCCUAAACCAAUUUCUUUGUAAAUUUUGAAUUUUAUCCAGACUGUGAGCACUUCAGCAAUGAAUUCCAAUUCGUUGAUAUUUUUCAUUGAGGAAAGUGGAAACGAAAUGUGUCUGUGCGUUUUGAAGCGCGUGUACCGGCGAUAUUAAGCUCAUUAAUAUCGCUUUCGAGUCACACGCGUCCCUUUUAAUUUUAUGAUUUGUAAAAUUAAUUUAGUUUCAAACCUGGCAACACAUUUUGUUCCAUAAUUUUUCCGCUCGUAAUAGUAAAUUUAAAUUUCGGCGCACCUCGCCUGCCAUGCAAAUGAGGGCCCUUGUUGGGCCCCCGCGUUUAGUGGACCCGAGUCCCGAUCGGCCGUGGGUCGGGACCCAAGUCCACGAAAAUUGUAAAUUAUUGCUCUAGUGUCUUGCUAUGCUAGCUGUAAGAUUAAGUCGGACGAAAGAAGAAAAGAAAAAAUUUAUGGAAAAAAAACAAAUAUUUCAAAUAUUUUACGAUGACACACACACUCACUCACUCACACACACACGCGUUCACCGAAUUUAAUCCUGGUUUCGGUAGGUUUAGUUUCCCGUUUUUUGUUUACUUCUUUUUUGAAUUUACUAUUGUUUAUCUGCUGUAAUGUAUCAUUAAGUACGAUUUCUGUAUAUGAUUAUUGAUAUGAGUAAUUAAUAAUAAUAUAUACAUGAUAUAUAUUUUAUUGCUUGCGGUCGGAGAAGCGAUAUCAAAAUGUGAGAUAAAGAUGUAUUUUUAUUGUUGUUCUUAUCUGCUGAUUUUAAUUAUUUACGUUGUAGGUAGUUGAAAAAAAAGCGAAAAAAUAUUGAAUAACAAGAAGUUAAUUUAAAAGAAAAUAUAUUUGAGAUUACGAGCCCUUGGCUAGAGUUGAAAGCACCGAGGGGCACGACGAUAUUUUAAUUUUUAAAUUGUAAGACGAGGAAUAUCGCUAUAUGAUGCUUAGAACGAUAAUAUUUGCGUGUAAAGAUAUUUCACUACACAUAGUGCUGCUUUGAAAGUAAAAAAAAAAACGAGAGAAAAUCUGCCACCGAGAUUUUUGUAACCGACCACUGAUUUUUGGGAUGAGCCACACAAUUCAGGGCCUCGGCUCAGCCCCAGACUUCAGUUGUGGGCACAUGAGAAAUAAAAAAAUUAAUAAAAAUGUACAUCUUGCGCGCAGUAUAAUUUUUGACUAUUCACCUAAAUCGAGAUAAAUGAUCAAAUAAAUUAUGGGUUAAAAUA